CGCUAAAAAUGAAAUAAAAUCACACUUUACAGUCUACACUCCACCCUUCUUUCAUCCUCUCUUUCUUCUUCAAUUCUAAGCUGAUCGCUAAACCCAGAUUUAAUAAAUUCCGGCCAACCCUUCUCGCCGUGGACCAUCAUGACCUCCGGAUGCAUGUCAACAUGCAUUGCCGACGAUGCCCGUGUCCCUGUUAGAGCUACAUAUGUUAACCUCUACAAAUGGCCUGAUUCUGACCGUGAAUUCGUCCGAUCAGUCAGUAGAAACAGUCACCGGAAGAACGGAGAAAGCCAGGGUCACCCCCGCCUGGUCGACAGUAUCUCAUGCCGGCAGCUUUACCUUCGAAGCUACACAUUUUCAAGAAAAGAGAGCUUGAAUGAGAGAACCAUGAACUGUAUUGGAAGAGUUAAAGAAAGGGCGGCUGUUCGAGGGAAACAGAAAAAGUCUCCAACGAGUAGUGCAGGUGGCGGCCGGCAGAGAGAUGGUGGAAAGAGGAGGAGGAGGAGGAAGUGCACGGUGGUUAUGAAGGCGAAGGAGGCGUCAUAUGCUGCCUUAGCAUCCAUCUUCCGUAGGUUGUUAUCUUGCACCACUAAGAUUGAUGUUGUGGAUUGAGUUUUGAUCAUAUGCAUGAAGAUCGAUACUUUGAUUUUUUUUUUCUUCUGUAUGUAAGCUGCUUGAUUUAUGUUUAUUUUCUUUAUUUAUGUUAUCAAUGUUAAUACAACAAAAUAUAAAAACGAUAACUCUAUGUAAAGAAAUUUAUAUAUAAUUUUACUAGUCCGUGAGUUAUUUUAA